CUCGUUUUUCUCACCGGGUGAGGGUCAAAGUGGGUCAACCCGGGUGUACCCGCGGGUUGACAACUUUGCAUCCUUCCCAAUUUCGCACUCUAGGCUUGACUCCUGCGAAUGCGAUUCACCAUUGCCGUCGGGACCCAUCACCGUCUGGUGCUGCCACCAGAGGAUUAGCUGGUUGUGUGUAGAUGCCGAAGAUGAAGGAGGCCGAUCGGUCGAUUUCUUCCGCAUGCCCCGUGGUUGUAUCAGGCGCUGGAUACCAAUCAAUUUCUUGUCGUUUCUGCUCGCGGCUUUAGAGAGCUGGUGAAACUCGAGAGCUCCAACGAGAUUAAUUGUGAUUGGGAGACUGUAGCAGGGACAGAAGAAAGCUCAUCGACAGAGUGGAUUCGGUGAUUGAGGGACUGAAAUAGUGUUGCAGAAGACGUUUCCUCGACUACAUCCUUGAAGGACUUGCACGGCGGCUAAAUUCCUUCUGAUCUUCCUUUUCCCUCUAAUCCCGGAGUGUAACUGUGGCUGUAUUGAUUGGUAGCACUCAUGGCUCCGCCAUCCAAGGCCAUUGUUUACAACCAGCACGCCCAGCCCGAUUCCGUUGUUAGGAUGGUCGAGUUGUUGCUGGUGGAACUGAACUACUGAAGGAGAACCAUAUUUGCGGUAGGAUGCUAGCUGCACUGAUUAAUCCUUCUGAUAUCAAUCGAAUUGAAGUUGGAGGACACGAAGAGAUUGGAGUGGUGUAUUCUGUGGGCUGAACAGUGAAGGAAUUUUCUCCAGGUGAUCGUAUCAUUCGGUCUCCUCCCUCUUCCGGGACAUGGCAGACUUAUGUCCGAAGCAGGAGGCUGUCUGGCUCAAAGUCGAUAUAGAUAGUCCAAUCGAGUAUGCUGCUACAAUCAUUGUUAAUCUGCUGACUGCUUUACUGAUGAUUGAGGACAUAACUACCUUAAAUUCAGGCAGGGGAUUCGGUUGUCCAAAAUGGAGCUACAAGUAUAGUAUGCCAGUGUUUUGUCCAGCUUGGCCACCUUCGUAGCAUCUGUAGCAUUAACAUCACAAGGGACAGAUUGACGAGGAGGAUCUGGGGACGGGACCUGAUCGGGAAGAUCAGUUCCAGACCGACGAUGAAGAAAACCAAGCGGAGAGAACUUGUGACGACGAUAGCAAUGGCUCAGAUUCGGGGGGCAGCACUUCAUCUUCACCUAAUGCAAUCCCUUCUUCCCACAGCAUGGAACUCACUACUCCAACCUGGCCUCAGAGCUUCAGGGCAUCAAUGGACAUGUUCACCAAUGUGGCUGCUGCUGCUUCCUCGAUUUCCUUCCUGAAGGAAGACACUGAUGGGUUGUCGCCUUCAAAGUUGAGGGAUUCCGAAUCGGAUUCUUUCCUGAAAGAAUCCUUGAUCCCAAAGCCGGAUUUGGGGAAACUAGUUAUCUCCUGCCCAUCUCCCGUGGGGCAAACAUCUGCAUCUCCACAUUCACAAGCACCGGCGGAGGACGAUAAUAAGCAAAGCUCGUUUGCACAAGCGGUUCUCAAUGGGAUCAAUAUUUUAUGCGGUAUAGGGCUGCUUGCUACUCCAUAUGCAGUCAAACAAGGAGGGUGGCUUAGCCUCUUCAUACUUUUACUCUUCGGGAUCAUCUGCUGCUACACUGGAAGCUUGCUGAAGGAAUGUCUGGAAAGCUCUCCUCUUACUCGCACUUAUCCUGACAUUGCUCAGGCUGCUUUCGGAUUACCGGGUCGCUUACUCGUGUCUAUUCUUCUUUACUUCGAGUUAUACGCAGCUUGUGUGGAGUAUGUAAUCAUGACGAGUGAUAACUUAUCUACAUUGUUCCCAAAUACAAGCAUGGAUUUGGUUGGAAUGCAUCUCGACGCUCAGCGAAUCUUCCCCAUUGCAGCAACUCUCAUAGUUCUUCCAACUGUUUGGCUCCGAGACCUUACCCUCCUUUCCUACCUUUCAGUUGGUGGAGUAGGUGCAUCGGUUCUACUGGCUGGCUGCUUGGUGUGGAGUGGGAUGGCCAAUGAAGUUGGAAUGCAUUCAAGUGGAACAGCUAUUGACCUCGGAAAUCUACCUUUUGCAGUUGGUAUAUAUGGAUAUUGCUUCUCUGGACAUGCUGUUUUCCCAAACAUUUACUACUCGAUGAGAGAACCGUCAAAGUUUCCUUCGGUUUUGAUUGUCAGCUUUGUUUUCUGCUGGUUCAUGUACACUGCAGUGGCGAUAUGCGGGUAUCUCUUGUUUGGUGAUGCAGUGAAAUCUCAGUUUACCCUGAACAUGCCAGAACAGCUUGUUUCCUCCAAUAUCGCAGUCUGGACAGCAGUUGUGAACCCAAUGACAAAAUAUGCAUUGACCAUGAUGCCAGUUGCGUUGAGCUUAGAAGAACUCAUCCCUUCUGGCAGGUUCAGAUCUUACGGUGCAUCAAUAGGAAUCAGAACGGUUUUAGUACUUUCAACUUUAUUUGUGGCUCUGGCAGUUCCGUUCUUUGGUUCUGUGAUGGCCUUCUGUGGAUCUUUCCUUGCAAUGCUUCUGGCUAUCGUCCUUCCAUGUGCUUGUUAUGUCAGCAUAUUCCAGGACAGAUUGACCAAGUUAGAGCUGGCAGCUUGUGGUUUCAGCGUACUUGUGGGCUUGUUGAGCGCUGUCAUUGGCACAUACACAUCAGUCAUCAGAAUAGCUAAUGAAAUGGGCUGAUAACUCCAAAUGAAGCUCGUCGCUGUUCAACAGAACCAGGAAUUUUUGCUGUAAUGACAGUAUGAAACUGAAGGAAGGCACCUUUUUUCUCUUUUUGGUCGGGUUGUACAGUAAGCAGGAUUAAAGUAGGAAAGCCAUGCCAAAUGGGGAAGUAGAAGAGACAAAAAAAAGAAUUGUAGAAUGUAAUUCACCGACUUUUGUUUAGAUACUAUACCAAAGGGUUCUUACUGUUCUUCCCGAACUGGAAAUUUUUUAUAACCAACAACAUGGGGCUCUCUUGUUAUGCUGCUACUCUGAGCAGGUCCCUUGAAGGGGAAGAGGCAGGGGAUCUUUCGUCUUUGGUUCACUCUAUGACCUUGUGAUUUUGUUAACAACACAGAUAAUGACGG